CCCUUCAGAGAGCUCACUGUCUUUCCUGCAGGUGGGCCAGUGGUGGCCUGAGGCUGGAGGAUUGGCUGCUUCAGUGGCAGAACCAGGGGAGGUGGCUGCACCAGGAAAUCUGCUUCCCAGAGUUUGCCGGGACCAAGGAUGGGGCCUCCUCCCCAAGAUCCAGACGUGGGCCAGCAGGAAGCCAGAGCCAACAAGGAGUCACCUAGGUCCUGCCUAAGAGAACCAGCUGCAUGGGACCCAGGGUAUCCACUGCUCACGGUCCAGGAAGGAUCCUUGUCGUGCAGAGGUGCUGCCCAGGGCUGCCAGGGCACCGGUGGAGGAAGCCAGGGAGGGGCCAGAACAGGACAGGCCUUCUGCCCCAGGGACUUCCGCUAGUAUCCCCUAGGUCCGUAUGACUCUGGAGACAGACUGUAGAUCUUCCCGGAAGAGCACAGUCGGCUGAGAAGUCAUCCAAGCUGAAAUGACCAGUGAGCCAAGAGGGGCCGCAAGAGGUCCGUCUCAAAGAGACCUCGAAGAGGAAGUGGAUGAACUUGUCCAUUUAUAUGGACUCGAAGACGAUGAUGAAUUAGGGGACGAGUUUGUUAACGAAAACAUGCCCAGGAUAGAGGUUUCGGAAUAUCCUGCUUACGUGGUGGCGGGGAGAGAACCGGCCGUGGAGCAGAGAGACUGGAGACUUAGCGGAGAGGCAGCAGAGGCUGAAGACCUGAGCUUCGGAGGGUGGGGCUCAGAGGGCCAGUGCCAGGACCUGCGGGAGGCCUACAGGUACACACACGGCCGGGCCAGCGAGGAGUACGAGUGCUAUGUCAUCCCAGAGGAGGAGGACGAGGAAGAAGCUCCUGACGUCUUCUGUGUCACUUGCAAAACUCCAAUCAGAGCGUUGGAGAAGGUUCUGGAUGAACACAAAGAGCACGAGGUGACCCCACUCAGUAAAGCCCUGGAAAGCGCCAAGGAUGAAAUUCACAGAAACAUGUACAGGCUGGAAAAGCAGAUUAUUGAGAUGGAAAACUUUGCCAGUCACCUAGAGGAGGUUUUCAUCACGGUGGAGGAGAAUUUUGGAAGACAAGAACAGAACUUUGAGUCCCACUACAACGAGAUCUUGGAAACACUUGCUCAGAAAUACGAAGAGAAAGUACAAGCUCUAGUGGAGAAAAAGAAGGAGAAGCUGGAGGCCUUGUACGGACAGCUGGUCAGCUGUGGGGAAAACCUGGACACCUGCAAGGAGCUCAUGGAAACGGUAGAGGAGAUCUGCCACGAGGAGAAGGUGGACUUCAUAAAGGUCAGUCUGAAGCGAGACAUGUCUUCUAAUACCAACAGACUCAGGAAGUUCCUGGAAACAAAAACCGACGUGGAGAUCUCCGCACAGCCUGCCGUGGAGGACCAGACCUUGGACUUCUCUGACGUGGAGCAGCUGCUGGGCUCCAUCAACACCAUCCCAGCUCCUUCUGCCCCGGUGAUAAACCCGCAGGCCCCCAACUCAGCCACGGGUUCCUCGGUCCGCGUCUGCUGGAGCUUGUACUCUGAUGACACCGUGGAGAGCUACCAGCUGUCCUACCGGCCAGUGCGGGAUGGCUCGCCUGGGACGGACCACACAGAGUCUACAGUGACCGUCAAGGAAACAUACUGCUCAGUGGCAAACCUUGUGCCAAAUACUCAGUAUGAAUUUCGGGUCACAGCUCAGAACAGGGCUGGUCUCAGCCCCGCCAGCGAGUGUGCAGUGUACAUGACAGCACCUUCUCCCCCCGUUAUAAAGAGCAAAGAGGUGAGGAGCUGUGAGGAGGCUGCGCUGAUUUGCUGGGAGUCUGGGAACCUGAAUCCUGUGGACUCGUACACGGUGGAGCUGGUCCAGGCGGAGACGUCGGGAGCCUCGGGCGUGACUGAGUCUGUUGUGGGCAUCCCCACCUGCGAGUCCCUGGUGCAGCUGCAGCCCCGGCAGAGCUACACAAUCUACGUGCGUGCCCUCAAUGUGGGGGGCCCCAGCGCAAGAACCAGCCUCAGAUUCAUGCCAGGGUUGUGCAACCUGACCUUAAUGAAGAUGGUGGUUCAAAGAGCUGGAGAAGGACCCCAUCUUCAUGAAAUGCCCCCCGAGUCCUGUCUCCCUGUGGGCGAGAGAUGCCCGUCCACACCCAGCAUCCUCCGGAAUCCGAGGGGCUCGGGGGUCAACCUUGAGGACCAGCAUCUGCCAGCUGAUUUCUUAACCGCCUUUGCCUCAGUUUUCAUAUCUACAGAUGGAAGCAGCUACUUCCGCCUGAACGAGCAGACCUGCCAUCCCUGGCUGACCAUUUCUGAAGACGGGCUGACAGCUGUCCGGAGCGAGAGGAAGACCCCCACAAGGGAGCCGCCCCCCAGCAGCACCCGCUUUACGAGGUGCGUCGCGGUCAUGGGAAACCUGAUUCCGGUCCGAGGGCGCCACUACUGGGAGGUGGAGGUGGACGAGCGGUCGGACUACACGGUGGGUGUGGCCUUUGAAGACGUCCCUAAGCAGGAAGACCUGGGCGCUAACUGCCUGUCCUGGUGCAUGAGGCACACGUGGGCAUCACCAAGACAUAAGUAUGAAUUUCUGCACAACAAGAUGACUCCAGAUAUAAGAAUCACAGUUGCCCCAAAGAAGAUUUGGCAUUCUUUAGACUAUGAAAACUCAAGAUUAUCAUUUUUCAACGUGGACAUUUCUCAGCAUCUAUACACAUUUAGUUGUCAGCUUCACCAGUUUGUGCAUCCCUGUUUUUCUUUGGAAAAGCCUGGGUGUCUGAAGAUACACAACGGCAUUUCAGUGCCAAAGCACGUCACUUUCUACUAGGCCAUGCUGGUGCCCUGCUCGGUCUUCUGUAGCCACCCUCCCUCAGCCACUCCUGCCUCAGUGUUCAAGCACCAUGCACCCAGCACAGUUUGGACUCGUGCUGUUACCUGGCAGCCUGGUGUGCUGGCACGCGCUUCCCUGACGUGGGUUUUGUCCUGUGACCUGUGUGAUGCUGUUAGUCAUGACCAGGCCUGGCUGUAAAGUGAGGGCUCAGACUAAAUAAACUCAGCAGUUCUUUAGCUUGUCAA